AUGUUCUCCGUUGCCGGGCCUGUACCCUUCUUCAGCGAGCGGACUUCGUGGGAUUUCAGGCCUGCGGUCCCGUCGCCUCUCUCGUCGUCGCCCGUGCGCGCGGCAUCGCCCUUGUCACCCAUUGACGACAACACCGUCCGGCAUACGCAGUCUUCGCCUAUCCCUCAGCCGAAGUUUAAGUACGCUUCACGGCCUGCGAGACCGAAUCCAGUCGUCCGCAAACGCGAAGAGGCGCAAGAGAGCAGGCGGAAGCUGUUUCUCCAGAACGUGCGGCAGCGUGCGGACGACCGUUCGUACCAACGGCGAGACAUGGAGGGCACUCUUCUCAAGUCAGACUGGGACCGCGACAUGCGACGACGAUACUACGCCAAGCAAUUGGAGGGAGAUGCCGUGUUCUCCGAAGCAGACAUUGACGACGCUGCGGCGAUCGGCCAAGAACGCGCACAGCAGAUACCCGAUGAUGUUGACGACAUGAUGGUCGAUGCUAUUGCACAAGAAGAACAGAACGAGCUUGACGCGUUGCUAUUGUCUUACGACCAGUCCUCUGAACCACCACAUUCAGCACGCUCGUCGCAAACAACGCAGUCUGAUGCCUUUAGCCUCUCAGACGAUGAGGAUUAUGACGCAUUGUUCAUGAAUCUGGUGUCACAGGAAGGCAGUGAACUGGACGCGUCUUCGCAACAGAUGGACAUGUCUUGA